AUGUCGACUUCCAGAACUCUCUGUUAUCGUUUAAAGCAAUUUGGAUUGAGCAGAAGUCAUGCACCUGAGGAAAUAGAUGAAGAAAGGGUUGCUCACUUGAUCAGACAAGAACUAAAUGGCGACGGGUGCCUAUUAAGAUAUCGUGCAUUGUGGCGUCUUAUUAGAAGGAAAUAUCACGUUAAAGUGCCGCGAAGAGUAGUACAAAGACUGCUUCGUGAAAUAGAUCCCGAAGGAUCUAAUGAACGUAGAUCACACCGUCUUAAGCGAAGAGAGUAUAACAACCCUGGUCCAAACUUCUGCUGGCACGCAGAUGGUUACGACAAACUAAGACCGCAUGGAUUCCCAAUACAUGGGUGUAUAGACGGUUUUAGUCGUCACGUUCUAUGGCUGGUACGUAGUUUGCAAGAGCAACAAUGUCAAUGA